UUGCUAAUGGUGUCUUAUAUUCUUGUAUUUAUUUCAAAAUAACAUAUUCAAAUGUAUUAAUUUAGCUAUGCGCUAGCCAGAGUUUCCUAGAAAAUUUCGCUAGCCCACUUCAUUCCCAUUGUUCGAACUGCUAACUAACGUUAGCUAGCUACAACUUGCGUUUGUUUUUUACAGCACCAACAAUGUAUUUAUAGCUAUAUUGGUUAGGUAGUUGGUUAGCUAACUAACGUUAGUGGCCGUGCUAGGUGGCUAGCUAACUUUAGCCAACUUGCUACAUGUGUUUGUCAUCACUGACAGUCACUGGUGAGUGGCGAAAGGGUUUUGAAGAUCCACGAACGUUAGAAUGAAUUAACGUUAGUUACGAUCGGUUUCUAGCUAGAAUUCAUAAUCAUUUACUCUGCUAUGUCCAGGUAAAUGAGCAGGUAUAUGCAGAUUACGAUUAACUAGCUAGUCUAGUCGUUAACACUUUGCAAAGUUACAUGAAUGCUCCCUAACAAGUUAACGUUAACUAGAUUAAAAAAUGGGGAUCCAGGGGCUGUUGCAGUUCCUCAAAGAUGCCUCGGAGCCCAUCAGCGUGAGGAAGUACAAGGGACAGACGGUGGCCGUAGACACAUAUUGCUGGCUUCAUAAAGGGGCAUUUUCUUGUGCAGAGAAACUUGCCAAAGGGGAGCCAACUGACCAGUAUGUGACAUACUGCAUGAAGUUUGUGGACAUGCUGUUGUCUUUUGGUGUGAAGCCCAUCUUGGUGUUUGAUGGCUGCAAUCUGCCUUCAAAACAGGAGGUGGACAAAGCUCGCAGAGAGCGUCGUCAGGCAAAUCUGCAGAAAGGUAAGCAGCUCCUACGCGAGGGAAAGAUUUCAGAGGCCAGAGACUGCUUUACUCGCUGUGUUACCGUCACCCCUUCCAUGGCCCAUGAUGUCAUCAAGGCUGCAAGGACCAGAGGAGUGGACUGUGUGGUGGCCCCGUAUGAAGCUGAUGCCCAGCUGGCCUUCCUUAACAAGGCUGGCAUUGCACAGGCUAUCAUCACUGAAGACUCUGACUUAUUGGCGUUUGGCUGCAAAAAAGUGAUCCUAAAGAUGGACAAACAGGGGAACGGUCUAGAGAUUGACCAGAACCACCUGGGGCGGUGCCGCUCUCUGGGUGACGUCUUCACGGAAGAGAAGUUCCGCCACAUGUGUAUUCUCUCUGGCUGUGACUAUCUGUCCUCACUCUAUGGGAUUGGCUUGGGCAAAGCCUGUAAACUGCUGAGGAUGGCAAACAACCCUGACAUCAUUAAGGUGAUAAGGAAGAUGGGCCAGUACCUGAAGAUGAAUGUGGUUGUGCCAGACGAGUACGUUGACGGCUUUGUUAAGGCCAAUAACACCUUCCUCUACCAGCUGGUGUUUGAUCCCAUCAAGAGGAAGGUGGUGCCUCUCAACCCCUAUCCAGAGCACAUGGACCCUGCCACCCUCAGCUACGCUGGCCGUAAUUUAGGAGAUUGCAAAGGUUUACAGGUGGCCCUGGGUAACCUGGAUAUAAACACCAUGGAGAGGAUUGAUGACUUCAACCCAGAUGCUACAAAUGUCAAGCCAGUGAAACCACGCAGUCGUGGCUGGAAUGACAGCCAGGUGACUCGGGCCUCCACACACCCUAGCAUCUGGAGCAGAGGUUACAUACCAGGCACCCUCUCUGCCUCCCAGCCUGUGGGCUCUCCACAGAGGCCUCCCUCAACUAGGGGGAAGGAGAGGGUCAUCAGUGUGCAGGGGCUGAGGCUUCCUCACAAGAACACACAGGUUAAGAGACCCAGAGAAGACUCUGGUGUUUCAGACCAGGAUGUGCUGCAGCAGUACUCUCCCUCCGGUCAGAAGCGGUCCAGAGGGGAGGAGGACCCUGGACCCACAGAGAGCCAUCACAUCUCCACAUGCCCCCGGCCCAGUGCCACUGCUGCCGCUACCCAUCCCAGACCACACAACCGCUUCGCCACCCUGCUACAGAGGAGAAACCAGGAAGGAGGUGGAGACGGGCAGGGAAUGCAAAGCAGGUUCUUCUGUAGUGGCAGCAGCUCCAGUGAGGUGGCCAGCCAGAAUCCGGAGUCUUUUGUCAAAGGGGAGGUGUCUCAGGAUGAGGUCACAGAGGACCCCAGGGAGGACUAUUGUAUCGGAGGAUAUGCUGAGACAGAGGAAAAUGACUCUGUUGACCCUCAUAGCCCACCCCCCUCCCCUCUGUCUGCCAGUCAAGGGUUAGGGGUAUUCCGCUGGUCAGGCAGCUCCUCAGAGAGAUCCAGGACCCCGACACCCACAUCCGGCCUCUCGGCACUGCAGCAGUUCCAGCGCAAGAAGGAAAGCUUCUCCUGGAGCCAGGAAGGCCAGAGGACUCGGAAGACCCCCGGAGCCCCAUCCCCAAUUCUGGGCAAAGAAGACAAGGAUUCACCACCAAACUCUCCACCGUCUCAGGACAGUGCCUACUUCUCUCAGCAUAACCACACUUCCUGCAAUGUAGUGGAAGUGUCCCCACCCACUCGGCUGGAGGAUGCCACCAGGCCUAAAAUUUACUCCAGUAAGGAUUCAGACUCUGUCAAAAGCCCCAGUUCCUCUCCAACAGCAGAUGUAAAGAAAUCCAGCACAAUGAGACCGAAGGUUGCAGGUCUCCCGCGGAUGAAACCCGGUGACCAAGGGAAAGGGACAAAGAUCCGACCCUCUGCCCCUGCCAGGGCCAGCGGCCUCCGUAAAAAGCCUGCAGGUCCUGGACAGAAACUCACCACCAACAAUGAGAACAACCCUGGCCUCCAGGCCACCAUCAGUGGCCUCUGGAAAAACUUUGGUUUUAAGAAAGAAAAUCCGAAGAUCAACCCCUGUAAGAAAGGAGAGCCCAUGUCACCAGUGAAGGACAACGUGCUAGCCCUCACACCUGAAACGGACAAGGAUAUUUACUUAAUCUCCAGUGUUCAGAAAACCGUAUGCCUCUGAUGCCGCGUUUUAUAAAACAUUUUCACAGGCCGAACACCCUGUGAAAGCCUUCGCUUUACAACAUACUGUGUAUGUUAAUACGUGGUGGAUUUUUAUGGACUAGAUGUAAUUGAUUUCAGUUUAAAUAAAUGCAACUUUCUUAAA